AUAAAAAUUGGAGUUGGCAAAACAAUGGUUGCAGAAACAGCAGUAAAGAAACUAUAUGAUGCAGCAAAAAGGGGAGAUUUAUCAACUUUCCAAACACUUGUACAACAAGAUCCAUUUCUUGUCGAUCAAAUUUCAUUUUCACGGUCAAGAAAUGUUCUACAUAUAGCAACAAUCCAUGGACAAGUGGGAAUAGUGGAAGAGUUAUUGAGGCUUAAUUACUCGGAUCUAGCUCGAGACAUCGACUCCAAAAAAUCGGCACCCCUUCACAUUGCAGCUGCACAAGGGCACGUUGAGAUUGCCCGAAAAUUGUCGAUUGUAGCCCCUGAGAUUUGCUGGUGGGUCGAUGAUCAAGGCAUGAACCCGGUUCACAUUGCUGCCAUGAGAGGGCACGUCGAGAUCUUGGAGGUUCUGCUUCAGCACGACUUGUCUCCUGCAACGGAGAGACUGCAUCGCGGGCAGACUGUGUUGCACUUGUGCGUGAAACAUCGUCAGCUUGAGACGUUGCGGUUUUUGGGAGAGAAAAUGGGCGAUCUAGUGCGUGCCAAGGAUGAUGAUGGGGAGACACUUUUGCAUAUGGCUGUUAGGUGCAACCGAGUUGAGAUGGUAAGAUAUUUGCUGGAAAAAAAUAAAAUACAAAAGCUAACAGAAAAUUCCAUGGGCAAAACGCCGCUGGAUAUCUUGAAAGAGAGCUCCCAACACACCGCUGCCUAUUCCGAAAUCGAAGAACUCUUACUACGUUGCUCAGACAAGCCAUUACUCAACGCCUUCCGCGGGAUAACCGGCAUGACCAUGGUGGUGGUGGUCCUGAUAGCCGGGAUGGCGUUCCAGGCAGCCGUCAGCCCCCCGGGCGGCGUGUGGCAGGACGACACGUCAUCGCACAGAGCCGGCAAGGCAGUGAUGGCAUCCGCUCAUCCCGGGCUAUACAGACACUUCGCCCGCGCCAACACCACCGCCUUCGCCUCGGCCCUCGUCGUGCUCCUGCUCGUCAUCAUACGAGUGCCGAUCAAGUCGUGCGUCCUGAUGACGGUGGUCUGCUACGCGACGGUGGUGUCGAUGGCGGCUAUUGGGGUGAGUUACGGAGCUUCGCUGAGCAUGGUCGAUCCUGCUGAGACACAGACGGUUGGGAAGAUUGUUGCUGUGGUGGUGUCUGUGUAUGUCGGCGUCCAUGUCUUCAUAACCGUCUGCGUUUACGUGCCGGAGAUGUACGUUACGUGGAAGAGAGUGAAACGGCAGAAUGGAGAUCUUCCGGUUGCGCAUCGAAUGCGACGCUGUUGUUAUCAGUUUAUGAGAAAUUUCGAAAGGAUGCCGAUUAAUUGAAUGAAUGAGGCACUCUUGUUAGGAUC